AUGGAAGAAACUACAGAAUAUGGCCUAAAGCGUAAUGGGAGUAGUAAUGGUGCACAGAAGAGGUCUGGUAGUGUGACUGAGGUGGAGAACCCAGCAAAACGUCCGAAAGCGCCUCAGUAUAACUUUAUCCGAUAUUGCUAUCGACAUAAUCCCGAUAUACAGUCGUCACCUACCCACCAGCAGUGUAAAAGGCAGGAAUUGGAGCGCCUGAAGGUCUGGGAAUCGAAACUGGAAGGGCUAAUUUCGGACGAUGAGAAGCAAAGAGUAAUGCAAAUAGUCUCUGGUUUUGAGUCGGCGAAUGAUAAACUGCGGAAGCUUAUUCUAGAAGGAAUGCUUCUGCGGAGUUGUUUUCCACAACUGUCGUUUAUUUCGUCCCAAAUACAGAAGUUAAUCAGGAUAGACUUCGUGUCGGUUCUACCGGAGGAAAUUGCAAUAAAAAUUCUUCAAUACCUGGACUGCCAGUCGCUGUGUGCGGCAACAGCUGUUUGUAGGCGCUGGAAGGAGCUCGCGGAUCAAGAUACUGUCUGGUACCAUAUGUGCGAGCAGCAUAUUGACCGUAAAUGCCCUCGCUGUGGCUGGGGACUGCCAUUAUUGCAUAUGAAGAGAGCGAGGUACAUCAAGCCUGCGCAGGAAGAAAACCAGAAGAGUGUAGUGCCUGCAGCCUCACGAAUGCGGCCUUGGAAGGUUAUCUACCGAGAACGGUUUAAGGUGGAAAGCAAUUGGCGUAAGGGGAUUUACAAGUUGCAGGAAUUUAAGGGACAUAUGGAUGGCGUUUUAUCGCUUCAAUUCACGCAUUCACUACUAUUCACCGGAUCAUACGACUCUACGGUUGCAAUAUGGGAUCUAGUGAGUGGAAAACUCAUUCGCAGACUGACAGGGCAUACUGAUGGGGUCAAAGCGUUGCGCUUCGAGGACCAGAAACUUAUUACUGGCUCUUUGGAUAAAACAAUCCGUGUGUGGAACUACGUGACAGGCGCAUGCGUAUCCACAUACCGUGGUCACCAAGACUCUGUGCUUUCUGUUGACUCCUAUAAGAAGAUUAUUGUCUCAGGUUCUGCUGACAAAACUGUUAAGGUGUGGCACGUAGAGUCCAGAACGUGCUACACUCUUCGCGGACAUACCGAAUGGGUGAACUCAGUGAAGCUCCAUCCCAAGAGUUUUACAUGUUUUAGUUGUAGUGAUGAUACUACGAUUCGUAUGUGGGACAUUAAGACAAACAACUGUAUAAGGGUGUUCCGUGGUCAUGUCGCCCAAGUCCAGAAAGUUCUCCCAAUAACCUACGUAGGCGAAGAUUUGGUCCAGGAUACAUUAGAUUCCACUACAGUUCAUGAGUUUUCUAAUUACGAAGAUCCCAGUGUCAACUGUAGCAAUUGGGAUAGCUCCCUUCCCUACCCAACUCAUCUACUCAGCUGUUCACUUGACAAUACGAUAAAACUAUGGGACGUUCGGAGUGGCAAAUGCAUCAGAACUCAGUUUGGCCACGUUGAGGGUAUAUGGGACAUAGCUGCGGAUAAUUUUAGAAUCGUUAGUGGAUCUCAUGACCGUAGCUGUAAAGUCUGGGACUUACAGUCCGGGAAGUGCAUGCACACUUUUACGGGUAACCAAGCGCCCGUGGUAUGCGUUGGAAUUGGCGACAGUGAGUUUGUCUGCGGAGACGAGCUGGGUUCUGUCAAAAUGUACAAUUUUGGUAGCGGAUUAGAAUAG